AUGUCGGUCACUCAACCUGUCAAGGGCAAGACUGCCAUCAUCACCGGAGCUGGUUCAGGAAUCAACCUUGCAUUCGCAAAUCUGCUCCUGGAAAAUGGCUGUAAUGUGGUGAUAGCAGAUCUCGGCCUUCGCCCUGAAGCACAGGCCGUGGUCAAUAAGUUCAACGGACGUUCGGGAUCUGCCAGAGCUAUUUUCCAAAAGACAGAUGUCACAGACUGGGUGCAGCUGGAGGAGCUGUUUGUGGUUGCCGAGAAGGAGUUUACUGAGAUUGAUAUCGUUUGUCCUGGCGCAGGUGUCUAUGAAGAACAUUGGAGUAACUUCUGGCGGCCUCCUGGCUCCUCAGAAAGCCGCGAUGACCCGAAAGGAGGACGAUAUCGUCUGCUUGAUAUCAACAUAACCCAUCCAAUUCGAGUGACUCAGCUAGCAAUCUCACAUUUCCUACAACACCAAAAUUCCAAUAAGCGCAAACACAUCGUACAUAUUUCAAGUAUAGCUGGACAAAACCCAUCAACAGCAGCACCUAUAUAUGUGGCAACGAAACAUGCAAUCAGCGGUCUUGUCCGAUCCCUGGCCAAAUUGGACAAGGAAUUCGGUAUCCGCGUUACGGCUGUGGCACCUGGUUUGAUCAAGACACCUCUAUGGAUGGAGCACCCUGAGAAACUCAAAAUGUUCAAGGAAGGUCAAGAUGUAUGGGUCACGCCUGAAGAAGUCGGCGAAGUCAUGCUGGCCCUGGUUCAGCAGGAGGAAGUAAGCGAGAUCAUCGGGGACAGGGAGGGGAAAGGGGUUUUGUUUCCGGUAGAAGGUGGUACGAUCCUGGAGGUUUCUAAGACUGUCCGAGCAGUGCAUCCAUUCAAUGAUCCUGGUCCUUCGAAUCGUGCUGGAAAUACAGUCGCGAAUGCGGAGGCGGUUGAGAAUGAGAUAUAUGAUUUGCUGUCCACACCUGGUUGGGGGAAGGCCAACCUGUAA